AUGAGUGCUAGAAAAAAGUCAAUUUUAACAAAUAUUAAAAAUAAAAAUACAUGUAAAUCAAAAAUAGCAACAACAUCAGAUCCUCAAUUAUAUAAUAAACUUGAUUAUGAAGAAAAAAAUAAUGACAAAGACACAGUGCUAUUAGAUGUUGAUAAAUUAUCAUCUGAUGAAUUAAAUAAUUCAAUUGAACGUGUUAAAAAAAAUCCAAUUGAACCAUUUAAAUUUUUGACUAAUAUUAUUGAUGAUUCAAAUGGAUUACUGAAUGAAAAAAAAAUAAUACCAAAACAAACUGAGAUUGACAUUAAAUUGGCGACAUUGUCACGUAGAAUUCAGAUGAAUAAAUCAAUUCUCGAAAAGGCAUUUAAGCGAGUUAAAGAUAUUGAUUUUUUGGUUGAACCUAGUAUUAUUAAUUCAAUACAAUUAUCAUCAGAUGAUGAUAGUUUCGAAAGAGAAAUAUUGAGUGAUCAAAAUGAACAAGAUGCUGCUAAAUCUGACGAGAUAAAAUAGACUGUUUAUUCGACAUCUUGGUAGAAAUAAUUAGUUAGAAUUCAACGAUGAUUAUUUUAUUAAUUUGGUUAAAUACAUUUUGAUCCAUAUAAUACACAUAAACAUCAUUCACAUUUACAGAAAUCUUUAUACCAAAAUUCGGUAAAUAUAUCACUUAUUAAUUACAUGAUAAACUUUUUUUUAAUAAAAAAAUUAAAGUACAUUAUUUGUUUUAAAUUGUCAAUUGAUAUUUAUUUAUUUUCUUUGUCAAAAAAUAAUUAUCAAGUUGUUUAUUUGUUUAAAAAGAAUUUUAAAAAAAUUGGCAAAUUGAAUUUUUGUUUGAAUUAAGUAAAUAAAUUAAGCUAUUAUUAUUUUUCGAUUAAAAUUAUAAAUUUACAAUCUCAUUUUCUUCAGUAACUGUGAUAUUUUGUUUUUUUUUUUAUUUAUUUUCUAACAACAAUCUUUAAGUCGGACCCAUACACCAGCUUUUUAAAUAUAUUUUUUGUUUUUAAUUAUAUUUAUUUAUCAAUUUGAAAUUAUUUUUAUUAUUACAACACACAAUUUCUAGCUUAUAUCUCAUUUUGAUAAAUAUAUAGUUGACGAAAAUAAUGAUAGUAUAUUUUUUUAAAAAUUAUAUUUGCCAAUGUGGAAGGAUUACGAGAAAAGAAAAAAAUUUUUAUUUUUAAUUUUUUGAUUGAUAAUUUGAUAAUUAAAAAUAUGAAAUAUUAAUAAAAUUUAUUUUAUUAAUUUUAUAUUUAUUAAAAAUUAUAAAACUCAAUUUUUUUAAAUCAUUUUUUAAUUAAUUCAUUGCUUAUUGUCUGUCUGUUCACAUAGCAGAUUUUAACAAACGCAUUUUCUCUCAUCUCAUAAUAUUUGUUCAAAAAUUUUUACAAACUAGAUUAUAUAAUUAAAUAAGAAUUAUAUAAACUCAAUAAUUCAUUUUUUAUAUUCAUAUUUUUAUAUAUUUUUAAAUAUUUUUUCGUUGGAAUUAUGACUCGAGACACGUGAUAGCUCAUAUUUUACCUAUGAACUGACAAAUAUAUUUGAUUAUUUUUUUUUUUCGUUAUACAGAAUUUUAUUAUCAUUUAAUUAUUAUUUUUUUCUGUGAUUGCACUAGCAAUUCGAAUGUGCCUCGACUACACCACAAUGCCAAACAAAAAAUGUAUCGAAAAAAAAACCAUUAAAUUUCGACAAAAAUAUUUCGAUUUCUACAAAGAAAUCAUU